CGUCACCAGAAAGCGCCGAUUGGCCUUUGAGGAGUUUUGUCAAUGAAUAGAGAUAAUCGGCGGAAAACAAAAACGAAAGUGACCUGGACAACGUAUUAAUGACAGUCAAGAUAUUAUAAGGGCUGGAAUGGAUGACAUCAACCUACACUACAGGUUCCUGAACUGGCGGCGGAGGAUACGGGAGAUCCGCGAGGUGCGGGCCGUCCGCUUCCAGGAACGAUAUAAGAGAAUGCUGAAGGAUGGAGACACACUCAGUUACCAGGGGAACUCUGAUGAAGUUGGCUGCUACGUUGCGCCUCGGCCACUUUCAAAGGGAAACUGCUACUUUGAGGUGACCAUAAUGGACACGGGCGUGAGGGGCACGAUCGCGGUGGGCCUGGUGCCGCAGUACUACAAGCUGGACCACCAGCCCGGCUGGCUCCCGCACUCCAUCGCCUACCACGCCGACGACGGGAAGCUUUACAACGGGAACACCGUGGGACAGCAGUUUGGUCCUAAGUGCAACCGUGGAGACCGGAUCGGCUGCGGGAUCCACCUGGAGUCUUUUGAUGCCGGACUGACAACUGUUUUCUUCACCAAAAACGGCAAAGAGGUGGGCUCGGUGGUGGUCCCGGCGUCGGCGGACGGACUCUUCCCGGCCAUCGGGAUGCACUCCCUGGGCGAGGAGGUGCGGCUGGACCUGCAGGCGGAGUGGGGGGCGGACGAGGACGACAGCGUGAUGAUGGUGGACAGCCACGAGGACGAGUGGGGGCGGCUCCACGACGUGCACGUCAGCGGCACGCUACUGGAGUACACGGGCAAAGGGAAGGGCAUCAUGGACGUGGGGCUGGCGCAGGCCCGCCGCCCGCUCAGCACGCGCAGCCACUACUUCGAGGUGGAGAUCGUGGACGCCGGGGAGAAGUGCUACAUCGCGCUGGGCCUGGCGCGCAGGGACUACCCCAAAAACAGACACCCGGGAUGGAGCCGAGGUUCUGUGGCCUACCACGCGGACGAUGGAAAGAUCUUCCACGGCAGCGGCGUGGGGGACCCCUUCGGCCCCCGCUGUUUCGAGGGGGACAUCAUGGGCUGCGGAAUCAUGUUUCCUCGGGACUACAUCCUGGACAGCGAGGACGACAGCGAUGACGAGGACUACUUUGAGGUGCGACCGAAACAGAGGAGGGUCCAGAACGUUCUGUACCUGAACGAUGAGGACGAGGAAGAGGACGGGGAGGAGAUGGAACAGGAGCACGAAGGCAGGAAGGUCAUGGUGUUCUUCACCCGCAACGGCAAGAUCAUCGGCAAGAGGGAGGCAGUGGUGCCGACGGGGGGGUUCUACCCCACCAUCGGCAUGCUGAGCAGCGGGGAGAAGGUGAAGGUGGACCUGCACCCACUGAGCGGCUGAGAGAGGGUGGGGGGCGGGGCCCGAGGAGGCGGGGCCAUAAUCUGAUGCUGUCGGGACUGAGGGUGGAUGGAAAGAGGGUCGUGGGCUUGCCACACACGCCCCCCUCCCCCCUGCCACCUUCACUCCUCCACCUCCAACAACCAUCGCUCUCCUCCUCCUCGGAAACUACCUGAAAUUACGUGUUACUUUACGUUUCCUUUAAAGCCCACGACCGAAUGCGAGCUGUUCUACUUCCUUUCGUAUUUAGGCUGGCUAUCUUGGGCUAAGGAGACAAAUCUGUACAUUGGCGCAACAAAUGUUUGUAAGCUGAAUCAAUUGACCCUAUGCCGAGUAGCGAUUUAAAUCCUGCUGGCAGUGCCUGUUCUGGGCACCAGGGUGCGCUGUUUCUCUACAACAGUAAUAUGACAUUGUGCCAUAGUGACCACUGACUUGUCAGUGGCGCUGGGCGAAAAUCUUUCUCACUAGUAAGUUCUUAAAUCCGCGAAUGGCAAAAAUGAACACCUUUAAACUGUAUAGAUGAUAUAUAGUCUAUUUUUGAAUGAUAUUACUUGAAUAUAAAUGUAACUCCCAAGAUAUCACUGUGGUGCAAACGCAUGCCGACCCAUAAGCAUGUCCCUAACCCUCAUGCCGAUUGUGCGUCCGUAGGUUACUGAUACGGAAUGACAGGAGCCCGCCGCCUGAGAGCGGCGAGGUUUGGGCAGCGUUCGACUGCGAGUGUUCAGUCCCAUCAGAUCGGCCGCAUGCACUUUCUCCUCUUGUGUCAAGGCUCGAGCCUCGCGUGUGUCCGUAGGCCGGGCGACGGUUGCAAAUCUGGGAAUUGCGGAGGUGCAACGCAUACAGAGGCCACAAGGGGGCAGGGGUCUUCGUUCAGACUUCCUGCCUCCGGAGUUUGUGGGCUGCUUUCUCCACGGCGCUUUUAAUCCCAUUUAAUCCCAACCGCACGUUUUAGCGCUAACCUCGGAUCGUUGAAUGCUGGAAAAUGAAAUAUUUAGAGAAUAUUUGGAGAUUAGAAGGCUCAGAUACGUGUUAUUACUAUUAUUUUUUUGACGGACACGUCAUUACACUUUUUAAAUCAAAACGAAUGGUUGUUAGUGAGUAGUUAUGCAUGGAUCACUUGAAAUGUAACGAUCGCAUUGCUCUUAUCGCUGAGAUUGUAGGCUGCGUUAAUUGACGGCUGGCUAGUGUUAUUUCGGUCAAUCGCCUGCUGGCAUCUGGAAGGCCACAAACUAUCAGCAGAAGCCCCAUGUAGUCUCUGCUGUGACGGUUACCUGUUAGUAGUGAAAUUCCUAGACACAGGACACUUUUUUUGUUUAUUUAAAAUGAACUUUGGUUUGAUUAGUAUGAAAUCUUGUUUUUACUGUGCAUUUUGUGACCGUUAUCACGGUUAGAAACGUCUUACAUCAUUCCUUGGGAUUGCCAAUGAGUUCGCUUUUUGCCAAACUGUGCUAGAAGUUCCAGAGAGCCCUGGAAAUGUGGAACUGGAACUUUUUUUAUUAGAUCAAGGUUUCCAAUCCUGUCUCACUCUCUCUCAGACCUCCUUCACUUUGUCUAUAAUAAUAAUAAUAAUGAAGUAAUAUGAGUAGUAUGAGUAAUAAUACCUUUGUUUGAAACACAUGAAAGAUCAGAGGAGUGAGGAAUCUGUUCUGUGUAAUUUGGUUCUGUAGGAUUCUAAUGUUUGUGUCGCGGUUCCGCUGGUGUCGACGACCUCCGACCCCCGGCGAGGGGCCGUGUCGCUGCAUUGCAAACCGCAGACGCGCCACACGCUAUCGUCACGAGCACUUUACAGACGCGCAGGCCGACCGACCGACCGACCGCUGCUGCGCGGGGCCUCCAGGGGCCACCAGGGGCCCCCAAAGGGGCCUCCCUCCUCCAGGUCAUUUUCCCCCGAAUGCUACCUUCGAAACGAACGUUUGACCAUUUAAUGCUGUUUUCUUAUAUAUAUAUAUAUAUAUGUGUGUGUGUGUAAAAACCUUCUGCUUCUGUUGAUUUAAACGUUUCGAGCCGAUUCGCUUACGCACUUCUGUUCCUCUUUCGGCAGGAAGAGGUCACGCGGACUUUGUUUUGGGGUAAAACAUUUUUUUUUUUUUUUUGCGUUUGCUGAGAGGAAACGGACGAGCCGUCUGUCUUAAGGUGCGGGGAACGUGGCUCCGUUCUCGUGGGUCGGUCCCCUCUCCUCCGAGCUGGUUGUUAAUGAAUAAUUCAUUAGUCUUAAUUAGUGGUUAAUUGCGGGGUCUGAAACACUAGACGGUGGCAUUCGGGGGACGGCUGUAACGGCCUUGUUUUAUUUGCAUGUUUAAUCACCGAACAUAUUUGUACGUGUACCAUAGACGCCAUAGACCGACUCUCCCACCCAGGUGGAGUGCGGGGUUUCCCCACCCAUAUUUAAAGCUGUCCUCAGUUCUGCG